AAAUCAUCCAUAGAGGGCGAAAAAAGGUGAGAGGAGAAUACGUGGGAGUCGAUGAUGGAACCACGACUACACAAUUAAGCAAGUAAAGACGAUCAAUUAAGGCGCCUUCUCGAUUCAAGCUCAUCAGAUCCUGUUCCUAUAUCAUAUAUAUUAUUUCCAGAUAAAUUUGGCUCGCUCUUUUGCGGCAGAAAAGAUGAGAAAAAAAUGGAGUGAUUGCAAGCAUUUUCUGGAAUUUUUUUCGAGAAUAUUGCCACAUGAGAGGUUUGAGUGUGAGAGUUGGAGGAUGGGAUUUCAAAGUAUGGGAGCACAAGGUAAUGGACAAGAGUCCCAUUUACAGCCUUCUUCCUUAACGCGGCAAAACUCAUGGUAUAGUCUUACUCUCAGUGAAGUUGAGAAUCAAUUAGGAAGCUUAGGUAAACCACUGGGUAGCAUGAACCUUGACGAGCUUCUUAAAAAUCUGUGGAGCACUGAAGAAAGUCAGUCCACAGGGAUGGACGCCGAGAACACUUCUUCCUCGUCUUCUCUCCAAAGACAGGCAAGUCUCACACUGGCUAGGGCUUUGAGUGGGAAGACGGUUGAUGAGGUGUGGAAGGAGAUCCAACACGGUCAGAAGAAGAGGUUUGGGGAGGAGAUGAAAAGACAAAAAAGCGAAUCAGCCCUUGGUGAAAUGACUUUGGAAGACUUUCUUGUACAAGCUGGGCUUUUUGCCGAUGCAUCAAUAAGUCCCACCAUGGAAUUGGAUAGUGUUGAUGCGGUGACGCCUCGAAAUUUCUCAGAACAAAUGGUCUUGUCGUCUUCCCCUUCAAUUGGCAUACUGUCUGACACAACAACACCGCGCUGGAAAAGGGAUGCUCCAGACGCAUUUGAGAAGAGCGUUGACAGAAGGCUUAGGAGAAAGAUCAAGAAUCGAGAAUCUGCUGCUCGUUCUCGUGCAAGGAAACUGGCUUACCAUAAUGAGCUAGUGACCAAGGUCUCACGAUUAGAAGAGGAGAACAUAAAGCUGAAGAAAGAGAAGGAAUUUGAUAAGAUGCAGCAUUGUGGAGGGUCACCUGAAGCAAAAUAUCAGCUUCGAAGGACAAGUUCAGCCUCACUCUGAUGGCUUUCUCCCCACGCUCCGAGUUUUGUAGUUCUCACAGAAUUAUUAGAGCUAUCCUUUUGGGUUUGUGAGGAUGCUGCUUUGGGAUUUAACUACCAGGCUGCUUGUCGCUGCUGCUCUUCCAGGCCAUCCACCAUUGGCGUUUGGUUUCAUGUACAUUCGUGAUUAAGAUGUAGGUACACAAUGAAUGUGCCAUGUUUAUAUAAGUUUAGGCUCUGUGUUAGAUAUAAUAGUAAGAAAGAGUCGUGUCCAUGCUGUCAGGUUGUGCACCAGUAUUAUUAUGAUAUAUGGUAAAGCCUGUGCAUUAUUUUAUUUGCCCAAUUCUAGAACAA